GCUACGGUUCCUGUUUUGACUAGUAACGUUGAAAUCUGAAAAUAGAAAGCUAGCUUACCAGUUGUCAUUAAUUUAUUGUACUUCAUUCUCAUUUAUGGUAAUAUAAUCUAAACAGCCUAAUGUGUUAUGACUUUGUUCAUGUGUCGGGAUGGACAACCGCUGUUAUUCUUGUGCAUCAAAGUUCAGUCUCUUCAAGAAGGAGCUGGGGUGUAAAAACUGUGGCCGCUCCUUCUGCUCUGGCUGCCUGACUUUUAGUGCUGUGGUGCCUCGCUGUGGCAACACUCAGCAGAAGGUCUGCAGGCAGUGUCACACUAAUCUCACAAGUGGGGGACCUCCAAAUAAUAGUGGAAGAUGGUCACCGCCUGAAAAUUACAAAAAGCGGGUUGCUGCAUUUGAGGCCAAACAGAGGGGACAGUCAGCACCACCUUCUGCACAUGGAAGCAGUAGAAAUGCUAAAUCAGGCCUUAUCCCAACCAAAGGCCUGUGUAAAGAAGAUCAGGCUAUUGCUGAAAGACUUAAAAACCUAAAAGAGGACACGACACCAAAGUCUAUCCCAUCUGACAAGGAGCUGGAGUCUCGUCUUGCUGCCUUGAAAGCUCCCAGCCAGCCAGUGCCUUCUGCAGAAGAGAUGGAGGACCGCCUGGCAGCUCUACGGGGCCAUCCUCUACCAUCUCAAGCUCCUCCACCUGUGCACAAGCCUCCUGACAAUAGGACUCAGACUGAACAAGCCAAUGAUCUGAUUACUCAGAUGACAGAGGAAGUUGCCAUUGACAACGAGCAAACAGAUCCUGAAUGCAGUGUAGAGGGUCGUAUGAAUGAUCUCAACAAAGGGGCGGAGGGCACAUUGGAGGACAAUUUGGAAGAGAACCAGGAGGCCAGUAAGCAGCUGGAGGCUGAAAAGACCCGUCUAUUGGAAGAGGCCAUGCAAGAGCUUAAGAAGGAGCACCACACCCAGGAUCAGAUCCUCCACAUGGCAAAGAGGCUGGCCCAGCUGAAGGGGCAGGACCCAGACAAAGUUACUAUGGGGGACCUUCAGCAUCCUGACAGUGAUGAGGAGACUGAGGAAGAAGCUGUGAUGAGAGUCAUAAAGCAGCUCUCUGAAGAAGCUGCACUGGAUGAGGCCAGUGGCUACAACAUACCACUAGAACGCAGUGGACCAAAAAACACAGAAAAGAGAGCGACCUCUAAGAAGGUGGCUCCAGUAGCCAAAAGUAGGGUUACACCAUCUACCAUCACACAUCAGCCAGUAGACAGUGAUGAGGAUGAGCUUCCAUGGUGCUGCAUCUGCAACCAAGAUGCCACCCUUCGCUGUUAUACCUGUGAGGGAGACCUGUAUUGCAACCGUUGUUUCAGGGAAGGCCAUGAUAAAUAUGACAGGAUGGAGCAUCGCACCACUAACUACACUGCACCAAAGAAGAAGAAAAAGACUUGAUAGUGAGAUUGUGCCGCAGGUCUUUUCAGGUCCUGGUCAGUCAGCUUUGUUAGACUUGUGCUUUAGCCUUAAGGGACUUAUUACUGAACUUAGAAAAGAUCUAAGAUGAGUUAAAAGCUACCUGUUAUUCAAAAUAAUCCAGAAGACCUCAUUUCAACUCCUUAUUAACUUAUCCAGUCUGUAACAGGAUAAGGUGAAUUGCCUUUCUUGCAAAAUCAGUAUCUGUAAACUAAAUAGCGAAUGGUAAACUUACCAGCAAAGCAUAACUAGAAAAAACUGUAAUGUAAACAUAAUACUACAUGUGAAAAAUUACAACUGUGUUAGUUUUAUGUAUAAGAGUAGACCUAGGUAUAAUUUGCCAAGGCUUUCAGACAGUGUUGGUACUUGAGCAAAACUGCACAGUGUCUGCAUACAAAAAAUCAUCCAACUUAAUAAGUAGCUUGAAGUUAUUUUUUUAUGUCACUUGUCCUACUUCUGUAAGGCAACAAAAGCUCAUCUUAGGCGCACUUUGCACUUGUCACCAUGUGAUUAUUUUUAGACAACACACAAAAUACAGAUACAUCAUGAGCUCAUCUGGGAUGAUGUACAAGCUCAGACUGCUGUCAGCUGUGGACUGAAGAAGCACAGAGGAGUCAGUAUAAAAGGAUUACUGAAGCUUUGUUUCUUUUUGGCAGGCAGUGCAGUCACUCUUGUAAUCUAUGUUUGGCUAUGAGUUUGACAUGAGUAUUGCCUUUCUUGUCCUUGCGUAUAAUUUUAUUAUAAACGGUGCAAAAGUGUGAGGCUCUAGGGAAUGCAGCGUCAUUUAAUUAUAUUUUUAACUCCAAACUUUUUUUAGUCUCUGAUGUUUCAACUCCACAAAAAUGUGGCAGUCUGACAGGCUGUGUUAGAAGUGUAAUUUAAGUAUGGAUAGCCUCUGUGUCAGAGAAGUAAGUGGAAGUGGGGGUGAAACAAAUUACUGUAAUGGAGCCUUUAGCCAAAAAGACCCUCUGUGUAUGAGAGAAUGAAGGUCAGAGUGCAGUUUCAUCAGCGUGCAUUACAGUCUAGCUAACUGAGGAGCAGCCAUAAUUACACUCUCCUCCAGGGGCUUGCUCCAUUAAGGUUGUAUGGAGGCCGUUACUGUGUUUGCUUUUUUUCUGACUGUGUCAUACACGACCACAGACAGGAAAUGGAUGAGGAUAAUGGAUGCAUACUUAAUGGACCUUCCUGCUGCUGAUUUCACUGUGUUUACGCCUAGACUUGACAUUCAAACUUCUCCUUUGUUUCCAAAAUGAUGCACUGAUUGGCAUCCUACACUAAAGUCUACGGUUUUCUUUGCUUAGUAUUACAUAAUGUAAGACUGACCUAUUUUAGAAGUUUCAAUGUAAAUCAGUUUUUUAGCAGCACUAAAGGGCAAUUGUAAUAACAGGGUAGUUAAACACAACUUAAGGGGAUGGGUAUAAUGACCAUAUCUAUUUAUUUGUUCUGUAUUUGUGUAAUAAAUGAAUAAAUACAUGAUGAUACUGUA